GAUGCUGUUCCAAUCCAGUCUAGCGUGGUGUUAUGCUCCUGUUCAUCGCCAUCAAUGGCCAGGAACCAAGCAGAUUCCAGCACUCCGCCUGUCAUUUCCACCUGUGGCAGCAGACAGGGAUCUAGCAUGGAGGGCACCGUAGCGGAAGCAAGAUCUAGUUCAAACUCCUUGCAGCAGCAUACAGGACAGCAGCCUCCACAGCCUCGAAAGAAACGACCCGAUGACUUCAAAUUUGGGAAAAUUCUGGGUGAAGGAUCUUUUUCAACGGUCGUCUUGGCUCGAGAAUUGACAAGUUCUAGAGAAUAUGCCAUUAAAAUUCUAGAAAAACGUCAUAUCAUAAAAGAAAACAAGGUGCCAUAUGUGACACGAGAGAGAGAUGUAAUGUCCCGCCUGGAUCACCCUUUUUUUGUGAAACUCUACUUCACCUUUCAGGAUGAUGAAAAGCUAUAUUUUGGGCUAAGCUAUGCCAAAAACGGAGAGCUGCUGAAGUAUAUACGCAAAAUUGGCUCAUUUGAUGAGACCUGUACCAGGUUUUAUACUGCUGAAAUUGUAUCAGCCCUGGAAUAUUUGCAUGGGAAAGGAAUAAUUCACAGGGACCUUAAGCCAGAGAACAUCUUGCUAAAUGAAGAUAUGCACAUUCAGAUAACAGACUUUGGAACAGCAAAAGUGUUAUCUGCAGAUAGCAGACAAGCACGGGCAAACUCAUUUGUUGGGACAGCACAGUAUGUUUCUCCAGAACUACUAACAGAGAAAUCUGCCUGCAAAAGCUCUGACCUCUGGGCUCUGGGCUGUAUAAUAUAUCAGCUUGUGGCUGGAUUGCCUCCAUUUAGAGCUGGAAAUGAAUAUCUUAUAUUCCAGAAGAUAAUAAAGUUGGAAUAUGACUUUCCAGAAAAGUUUUUUCCCAAAGCAAAAGACCUUGUUGAAAAGCUAUUGGUUCUAGAUGCUACCAACAGAUUAGGUUGUGAAGAAAUGGGAGGAUAUGGACCUCUUAAGGCUCACCCCUUCUUCGAAUCCAUUGUGUGGGAGAACCUACAUCUUCAGACACCCCCAAAACUUACAGCGUAUUUACCUGCUAUGUCAGAGGAUGAUGAAGACUGUUACGGAAAUUAUGACAAUCUCCUGAGUCAGUUUGGUUGCAUGCAAGUUUCUGGUUCUGCCUCUUCCCAUUCACUGUCUGCCCCUGAGACAAGUACACCACAGACAUCAGGAGGAAAUAUUGAACAGUAUAUUCAUGAUCUUGACAACAAUUCCUUUGAGCUGGACUUACAGUUUUCUGAAGAUGAAAAGAGGUUACUUCUGGCAAAACAAGCUGGUGGAAAUCCUUGGCAUCAGUUUGUAGAAAAUAACUUAAUCCUAAAAAUGGGUCCAGUGGACAAAAGAAAGGGAUUGUUCGCACGUCGGCGCCAAUUGCUGCUCACAGAAGGGCCACACCUCUAUUAUGUGGAUCCUGUCAACAAAGUUCUAAAAGGAGAAAUUCCUUGGUCUUUAGAGUUGCGACCAGAAGCCAAGAAUUUUAAGACAUUUUUUGUUCACACACCAAACAGGACAUAUUACCUGAUGGACCCGAGUGGGAAUGCUCAUAAAUGGUGCAAAAAGAUACAUGAAGUUUGGCGGCACAGAUACCACCAGAAUGCUGCUAAAUAGUAAAGCUCAUCCAAAAUUUCCCAGUUUCCCUACUUGCUGCUAGAACUCCGUGUGCAGCCGAUCAGAGGAAUCUUUUCAACCCACCUAUUGCCAUCUCAAGGGGAAGCAUAUGUCUGAAAUGUUCUGUUUGUUUGUGUGUUCUUUUUUUUUUCUAAAAAAAAAAGAAAAACGAAAAGCAAAAAGGUAAUGGAAUUCAGGGUCGCUUUGCUCGCUCUUUGUGCUUCUGUUGA